AUGAUUCGUCCUCAUGCUCGAGACUUUUACUAUAGUGACCCCGAGUUCCAAGCUAUGAAAGACAAACUGGUCAACCACAGAGAUGCGGGGGCAGAUGGAUUUGUGUUCGGCAUUCUCGCACCAGCGGGCCCUCAUAAGCCUCAGACUCCAAUUGGCAUCGAUAUCGUGAGGAACAAGGAACUCGUUCAACUUGCCAAUGGGAAGCCAUGUACUUUCCACCGCGCAUUUGAUUCCUUGCCAGAAUCUCUGUGGAGCACGUCGCUGCGUGACAUCGCACGAUGUGGAUUCCGCUAUAUCCUCACGAGUGGUGGACCAUCUGAGAAAGACGCCAUCGAUUGUGUAGAUAAACUUUCGAUGACACUUCCUCAUCAGCUGGAUGCUGUGAAGAAAAAGCAUUUACCAGAAGGACAGACGCUGGAUAUCAUCGUGGGCGGUGGGGUUCGAUCGGCCAACCUCCGACUUCUGAUGCAGAGGAUAAAGGCCCAGGUAUAUCACUCCAGUGCGUUGGUGACAUCGGAUGGCGUUGCCUCAAUCGACGAGAUACAUAAAAUGCUGGAAAUCAUCAGGGAAAGGGGGUGA